GUGGGCACAGGUGGGUGGCACUGGUGGGCACAGGUGGGUGGGCACAGGUGGGUGGCACUGCUGGGCACAGGUAGGUGGCACUUCUGGGCACAGGUGGGUGCACUGCUGGGCACAGGUGGGUGCACUGCUGGGCACAGGUGGGUGGAGCUAGUGGGCGCACUGCUGGGCACAGUUGGGCGGAACUUGUGGGUGGCACUGCUGGGCACCGAUCAUCAGGGCACUGAUCAUCAGUGCCCUGAUGAUCGGUGCCGAUCCUCGCUCUGACAACUGCCGGUUCUCGGCAGUACUUUCCUCACGAUCUGACAGCGUGAGGAAAGUGCAGCCGAGAACCGGCACUUGCAU